CCCUCCCCUAUGUCAAAAAAUUUCCCUUGUUUAAAAAAAAAAAAAAAGCUAGCUUAAUUAUGACACAGAUUAUUGAUAUUGGGCCUAACAACUCCGAGGUUAUCUUCUUCUUCUUUCUUUCUUCUUCUUCUUCUUUUUUUUUUUUUUUUUGACAAGGGUAAUAAUUAAGAAGUUAGUAGAGUUAGAUGUUAGUAACUGGGACUUCCCAGAAUGGUGAAUAUUCCAACCCUCAAAUGAGACGCGCGACCAUUAGGUUACAAGUUGGUGGAGUUUACGGCGAUGGCAGAGUUCAAAACCCUGACCUCCCACCUCACUCAAGCCUUAAGAUUUGGAGGCUAAUCACUGGACCACAGGCCGGGUUGACCAACUCCGAGUUGCUGAAUAUCCUUGAAUUCCUGCUUCGAGUUGAUCCUUCUCCAAAUGGUCCUGCAAAAUCCCAAGGUUGGUCCUCGGGGAGAAACUCCGAUGCUUAAGUCAGUAUUUUUCUGAUCAUCCUUCCUCUCUUUAUUCCGCCUAUUUAUCGAGUCUUACCUUGUGGGCUUUGUCCCGUUUGGCAAGGCACCCACGUGGCUUGUCCACACCCACGUGGCCUAGUCAAUCCAAUAAUGGUGACAUGGUGUG